UCGCUUUCUCCCAAACCCAAAGUAUUCUUUUCUUCCAAGAGUGAGAGAAAGAGAGGCCAAGAUGAAGCUGGUGUGGUGCCCGGAGACCGCGUCCCAGGCCUUCAUCGCCGGCGUCAGCGCCCUGUCAGAAUCCGAGCACGGCCCCGCGGGGUCGGCGGGCGUCGCCGAGCUCGUCUCCGCCAUGGCCGGUGGAUGGAACGCGCAGCUUGUCGUCGAGGCGCCGGAGGUCUCGGCUCCCGACUCGGCCGUCACGAGCCUCGCCCUCGCCGCCGCCGCCCAGCGCACGGGAGGCCGCUACGCCCGGGUGCUGGCGGACGCGGACCGGGCCAUGGUGGAGAUGGAUGGUGUGGACUUCUUGGUGGUCGACGCGCGGAGGCGGGACGCCGCGGCCGUGCUGGCGGCGGCCAGGCCUGGGCCGAGAGGGAUGGUGGUGGUGCGCCACGGCGACGGGAGGCGGCGUGGCACGAAGGCGCUCGAGGCGUCCAUGGCGGCAGGAACGAGGGUCGUGCGGUCCGUGUACCUGCCGAUCGACAAGGGCGUCGAGGUCCUCCACGUCGGCGUGGGCAAGGGGCCGAGCAUACAGGCCCGGCGCAGCCCGAGAGGGUCGAGCCGUUGGAUCCGGCACGUCGACCAGGAAACCGGCGAGGAGCACCUCUUCCGGCGGCAGUAAUUCAAAGUUUCAAACCGCUAGCUUUCCUGUACAUCAAUCGGUUGUACUCCCGUCCAGGGGAAUUAGCUAGGUGGCCAUGGUGUCCGGGUUCUUCCCGCAUGCUUAAGAGAUGGAGGGAAACUGUGGUGAACAAUGGUGUAAAUAAAUAAAAAUCACCGUAACUGGCUAGCUUCCUAGCUUCAUUGUGAAUUUGAGUACCCUUGGCAUGAUACUGAAUCAUCCAUGUAGAUGGUCUCUUAAGUUCAA